AUGCCGAUUAUCAUCCGCUUACAGAAUCUACCUAUGUCUGCAAAUGCAGCUAACAUCCGUCGUUUUUUCUCUGGUCUCACAAUACCUGAAGGCGGGGUUCAUAUUGUUGGUGGCAACGAUGGAGAUGCCUUUAUCGCCUUUUCUCAGGAGGAUGAUGCUCGCAAGGCAAUGCUCUUGGACAAUCAGUCGAUUAACGGUGCACCCAUUCGUCUCUUUCUUAGUAGCAAAUCCGAAAUGAAAUCAGUGAUCGAAACUGCCCGUAAUUCAGCUCUUUAUGGAAUCCCUUCACAAAAUCAGCAGUCUUCGUCCCAAGCCAAAGCAGAAGAUCCCUUAAGACCCAGGCCUGGCCAGCCUUCAACGACUCAACAGUCCGGACUUACUCUUUCGACUCCUCAUCUAGGUUUUCCUAACGGUUCUGACGGCAUGCAAUUGCAGCAACAGCCUCUCACUUCAGGGUUUUCUACCUACCAGUAUGGCUACGGAGCUCCACCCCAAGAGCGCAUGGAUGCACAAUCAUCUAAAAAUGCCCUUCCCUCCACUCUUCCUUCCGAUUCUUAUGCCUCGUCUCAAUAUGGGCGGGAGGGCAGAGAUUCUCAAUCUUUUGCUCGUUCGCAAAUGGAGUCCGCUGAUCCAAGACAACAUUCCAGGCCCACACCUUCGGAUCAGAGAUCAACUCCUGGAGGAUACAAUUACCAGACACCUCAGACUAAUUAUGGUUACCAGAAUGUUACUCCAUCUCAAUCUCUAAAUGACUAUCCUUCCGCUAAUAAGCCUCCGUCACAGCCAACUCCAUCGGCCGAUCCUUACUGGUCUCAGCGGGAUAGACCUUACCAAAGCCCUUAUCAACAACCUCCUCCAACCGGGCUUCCGGCUUAUAAUUAUAGUGAUCCGUAUCCGCAUAAGCACUCUUCAUCUCAAUCACAGCAGCCUCAGCAGCCCCCUCCGCAGCACUAUGAUUAUGAUCGGCGUUCUAUGUCUCAUGGUAAAACAGAUGACCCUUUUGGUUCUCAGUCACAAACUUCUCCUCAUCCCCCUUCGACUCCGUCCGUUCCUCCUCCUGUUUCUCAGGAUUCUUAUCCGGGCUAUAACACUCAUAUGCCCCCGCCGCAUGUGGAAGAUCCCAGAAGGCAGUCAGGCCCUGAAGAAAUUGCCAUGUACAGCGGUCGCCCUCCACCAAGAACUCUUCCCGAUCAGGCCCCUUAUGGCCCGUCUCGUGUCAGGAUGCCAACUCCCCUUGCUUCCGGUGAUCAGCCCUAUCCAAGGUCAACUGUUGAUGAGCAUAGUUACCAACUGCCUAGGCUUGGAGCAUCUGAGAAAUAUGAUAAAGAACGGGAAUCAUCUAGGCCAUUUGGUGGUCCUCAACUUCCUCCCAGGGGCCCAGGGAAUCCCGAGAGGGAUUUUUCGAUUAGGCCACCUUGGCUAGAUGCGGAUGAAGGGCGGUCGGGAUCUGUGCAGAGAGGCAAAAGGCCUGGUGAGGCUCCAGUACCUCCUGGUCCUGGUUUCUUUCACGAUGUCCACAAUGAUAGCCAAGAGGAUAUUGUCAUGAAAAGGCGGCGCGGA